AAUAAAGUAAUAAUAAUAGAAAAAGUAAAGAUCUUUGUGGGACGGAAAAGCCAUGGGGGAAAGAAAAAAGAAAUUGAAAAAGACACGACACAAGUGACGAGCGAGUUGAGUUGUCUUAAUGCGCAGAAACCGCGAAAGCCAACUACUAACUACCAAACACGGAAACCCCCAACCUAUUAGAGGACUAAUUCAGGGUUUUAGAAUGGGGAGACAGCCUUUUUCAAAUCUAAACAAAUAAAUAUUUUCUCCUCUUCUCUUUCUUCUGCUUACAUCCGUGGAAGCCGUCCAGAGAAAGAGAAUAUAUAAAUUAAAAAACAAAAAAGAAUUCCUCCGUUCCAAGACUCGGAAAGUCUGAUCACCAUCAAAUUCAAUCCACCCAUCUCUCAUCUUUCGCCGCCCACUGCAGACAUAUCUUCGGUGAUUCCUAUCAUUACUUCUUUCUCUGGCGGUUUAGCAUUCAGCACCUUUUUUAGUUGAGCUCCAUUUCGGCUUGUGUUACACUAUGAGGAAUGGAGCACAGCACGUGGGUGAAUGUUCUAGCUCAACCUCUUGGAGCAGUCAUCAGGAUACUGAGGAUGACCAGAUGAUUGCUGUUGUGUUAUCAGAAGAAUUUUCCAAGUUAGAUGGCGCUGUUGCUAGACGCCUUUCUGGUCUUGCACCAGUUCCUCAUGUCCCACAUAUAAACUCCUAUAUUCCCAGCAUACAUGAUGCAAGUUUGGAUCACCAACGUCUUCUAGAGAGGCUUAAUGUUUAUGGUCUAUAUGAAGUGAAGGUCUCUGGUGAUGGGAACUGUCAGUUUCGUGCACUUUCAGAUCAGAUGUACAGGUCCCCUGAGUAUCACAAGCAUGUUCGGAAAGAUAUUGUUAAACAGCUUAAAGACAACCGUAACUUGUAUGAAGGAUAUGUUCCAAUGAAAUACAAGCGAUAUUGCAAGAAAAUGGCAAAAUCUGGAGAGUGGGGGGACCAUGUUACCUUACAAGCAGCUUCUGAUAAGUUUGCAGCAAAGAUAUGCCUUUUGACAUCAUUCAGAGAUACUUGCUUUAUUGAAAUUAUGCCACAAAGCCAGCCUCCUAAACAUGAACUAUGGUUGAGUUUCUGGUCUGAGGUACACUACAAUUCACUAUAUGAGAUCCAAGGUGCCCCAAUUCAGAAGCCAAAGAAGAAACAUUGGUUGUUUUAAUGAGCAGAAUGUUGGGGAGGCUAUAGCUCUCGUGCUGCUGAAAGAUUAGUACUGUGUACACUAUGCUAAAUAUUUUAUUGACAGAUGGUGGUAAGGUUUUGGUGUUUAUUACUUUAAAGAUGUAUGGUGCUUUUGAGAUUGAGAUGCACCUGGUUACUUUUUUCCUCCUCCCCCCAAACCUCCUUCCCUCUUUUUGAAAUAUAUAUAUGAUUAUUCUUCUGUAAGGCAGAUUAUUAUUUUUCUUUUCGCUCUGUAACAAAACAAUUUAUCAAUUACAACCUAACUGUAAUACACCAGAAAACAGAAUACACCAAACCAGGCCACCACCUACUAGGAAACUACCGCCAACCAGUGAACAAACUCUCACGCCAAGCACUAUCCUUUGCAAGUGAAUCAGCCAAGGAAUUUGCACAUGCACAUAACUCGGAAGAGGUCCAGAAAUCUUCAAGGUCUCUAUGCAGGUCGGCUACACCAGGAAACGGUCACUUCAGAGUUAGACUCAGCAACCAAAUGAGCCUUUCCUUUCCAGAAAGUCUGGUCAAAAACCUCCAAUGCAGCCUUAAUGGCAAUGGUUUCACUAACAGCAGGAUCCAAUGAAGAAGCAGGACCAAAAAAUAAUGUAAGAACUUGGCCUUUAUCAUCCCUAAGCACUCCCCCAAUCCCUGCAAUUCCAGCAGGCCUAACAACAGAAGCAUCGUUGUUAAAUUUCACACAUUUCUGCAGUGAAACCAUCCUUACCCGUUCAAAGUUGCAAUGUUAAACAUGUUUGUCAAUGUCUGCCUAUUCUUGGUUUACCCUCAAAAAGAGGAAAGGAUAAAAAGGAUGAAAGGGAACCAGAAAGGCGAGGGAGGGAAAGUUGUAUUUGUACACUGUUCGAGAGCUGUGAGAGUUUCACCUCGCAUAAAAUGAUAGGCAUAUAAUUUUAUGAGCUAGAGAGACUAAAGCCGAUAGAAAAGCAUCCAUAUUCGGAAGAUGAAAAGCUUUAUUCUUAUUAUUAGCACUAAUCUCAAAUAAGGAUUAAAUUAAUUAGGUUUAUAGUAUAUGAAUUAAACUGUUUUUUUUUUUUUAUACUCCAUGCUUCAACCAAGAAAUAGCAUAUAUAACAUGGAGGAAGGCCGUAAAAGUGAAAGCAGGAUUUUUAUUGCAUACGGUCCACGUUAAAAUUAUACAUUCUUGAUGAAAGCCGAAAAGAAAUGAGGUGAGCAAAAAUUAACCGUAUCACACUGCAGACAAGUAUUUCGAAUCACUUCCAGUUGUUGGCAACAAUGUCAGCCAAGUCUACAACUCUUUGAGAGUAACCCCA